CCGAGCCGACCUCGGGAAGAAAAGACGAUCUGCCGUUCAUCAGAUCUGAACGGCGAUCGCAAACAGGGGCCCGGCCACUACUCGCAGCAAUGGAGCCUCAAUAACGCCAAUUGAGUGUCACAACACCAUAGUCCUUACUUCCGUGUUCUGGACGAAACCAUGAUCUCAACAACAUCCGAUCCGCCGAAUCUGCAACACCAUCAUCAUCGUCCUCAUCCCUGACCACGCACAACGAAGCCGCCUCCUUCCGCUUCCACAAUGCCGCCGCGCUUACCCGCAGCACCACGAUUGGCCACUCCACGGGCUCCUCCAACCCGGCUUCCUCUUCUCCGGCACACGCCGCCAUCACCGUCAGGAUCAUCGCCGCCACCAGCGCAGAGGGCCUUCUCGCCCCUCCUCCCGCAGCACCACGCGCCGCCGCCUCCUUACCAUUCCCACUCCCACUCCAUACGACGCACAAUCUCCACCUCCUGGCUACUCUCCGCCCUCCCCAACCUCCCCAACCCAACUCCUUUACCACCACCAAAAACCCUCCGCGCGCGCCGCACGCUGCCCUAUCCCACAUGGCAGGUCUACGCCCUGAUAGCCGACAUUGACAGCUACUCGUCCUUCCUGCCGCACUGCACGCACUCGGCGGUCACCUCCUGGGUCACCCCACCUACCCCUCCCACACCCCGCAUCACAGCAGCAUCACCACCAUCACCACCACCAAACCGCCACCCCGCGAUAGCAGAUCUGACGGUCGGCUGGGGACCCUUCACACAAACCUACACCUCACGCGUGUACUGCGUGCCCGGGUCCGUGGUGGAGGCGGUGAGCGGGGCCGCGGCGACGUCGAUCCCGCGCGAGGUGCUGCGGCGCGAGGGGUACCGGUUUCCUGAGGGGGAAGGGGAGGAGGGACAAGCUCAAAGUAUGGAGGGCGGGAUAUUCCAGAGCCUGGUUACCCGCUGGACCGUCGCGCCCGUUUUUGCCGACGGUGGCUCUCGGCCUGCGUCUAAGGCAGGAAAAGACGGGGAGAUGAUGCAAAAGGAGUGGACCGAGGUGACGCUGAGCGUGACCUUUCAGUUCGCGAAUCCCGCUCUGGGAUUUGCCGUGGGGAAGGUGGCGGAUGACAAGGUUGACGAGAUGGUGGCGGCAUUUGAGGAGAGGGCCAGGAAGCUUUACGGACGGAGAUAG